AUGUCCGAACCACCCCAAAAACGUUUCCGCUAUGCGACCUACACCGAGAAGAUUGGUGCCAUCUCGGUCGAUGUCGGCAAGCGCAAGGGAAUGUCCUGGGAGAGGGAGGAGUUUGGCGAGGAGGAGCAGAGUAAGACCCCGUUCACCGUCGAGCUCGCGCGUCUCGAGCUGCACGACUUGACGAUCCCGUACCAGGACCUGUCGCGUGCCGUGUUCCCCCUCACACGUACCCUCCCCAUGACCCUCCUCAACAUCCCCUCGAUCUUUGAUGUGUUUACGGCCUUCUUUGACCGCCUCAAGGACGGCGAGGACCACGCCAACUCGGGUCUCGACUCCGUCCUCUCCCUCCUCCAGGCCCUGUACGAGACCUGUCUCGGCGAGACGGUUUCGUAUGUCCCCGACACUGUCGCCCACCUCGUCCGUGUCGGUGCUCUCCGUGCCCUGGAGCCCAAGCUCGUUGAGCGCACCUAUUCCACUCUCUCCCUCGUCCUUCGCACCAUCGCCCCUACCCUCCUCAAGCCCGAGCAGGUCCCCACCCUUCGUGCCGCCUGGGGCCAUGUUCGCCCUUACCUGGGCCCCACCAACAAGGCCUAUGUCCGCAAAUGUAUUGCGGACGCGUGGGCCGGCGUGCUCCGCAAGGCUCGUGGCGAUGCUCUCUCGCGCCUCAUGGGUGCUCUCCUCGAGGAGGACACUCCUGGCAUGGAGUCUGUCUGGACCAACGCUAUCAAGGGCACGUCUGGGCACCUCCACUCGCGUGCAGUUCCCAUCUUCACUGCUCUCCUCGAUGAGCUUGCCGCCAACCCCACGGAUGAGAUCACUGCCACUCUUCGUCGCAUCUCCACGGCGCUUGUUCACCACUGCUCCAGUGGCGAGACCGCCCCGCUGGUUGAGGCUAUCCUCUCGCGCGUCGCUCCUGCUACCCCUUCAAGCUCGAAGCAGGCCAGCCGCGACCUCGCCCCGUCUACCGCCAUGCUGGAUGUUCUCUCGGCGUUCCUCACUACCCGCAAGGGCAAGCGCUUCCCUUCGACCCAGGUCAAGCCCACCAUGCUCAAGCUGCAGUCGCUUGUGCCCGAGGUCAAGGCCGCCACUGGAGAGGAGGCAAGCGCCUGGCGUCGCGCUGUCGUCGCCGCUAUUGUUGGAACCCUCGCGGCUGGUCACCUUGCUGAGUGGCUUUCGCCUGGUGUCGCCCUCAUCGACGCACUGUGGGCUGCGCUCAGCACCGCCGAGUCGUUUGCCUUUGUCAACAUGUGUAUCGCGUUCAAGUGGACCGGUGUUGAGCAGUUCCUCCUUGCUCACAUUGCUCGCACGGCGCUCACUGGCCUCAAGGACGACCCUCUCCCUACUCUGGUGCUCCUCAACAACCUUGCUGGAUCUGGAUUCCUGACCGGUGGUCUGAGUAACGUCCAGGGUGGCAGGUGGCGUGCUUCUCUCGUCACUGCUCUUGUCAAGCUCCUCAAGUCGAUUGUCGAGUCGCGUAUCGCAGAGGAGGACAAGCGUAUCUUUGGCCUCAUCCUCAAGCUCGUCCCUCACCUCGCCAGCGAAAGCGCCCACUUCUCUCCCGACAUCCUCGCUCUCCUCGACCUCGCCGCUGGAGAGCGUGGCCCAGUCGACGCUGACGCGGCUAGGGAGGCGUAUAUCGAGGGUGGCGCGUGGAACAGCUCGCACAUUGUUGGCCGCAUUCUCGUCUGCCUGUACCAGCUUUCUGUCCGCGCCCCUGCGGCUGUACAGAAGGAAAUCGAGAACCACAUCCGUGACAAGGACUCUCUCAACGUUCUUCUGAGCAAGUGGUACUGGAACCACGAGGUUAUGGAACAGGUGGCCGAUUUCGUGGAGAGCUACCCCGAGACGAAGCUCACUACCGAGAACAUUGACCUGUUGUUCCCCAACCUCGUGUCUGCCGACUCUUCGCUCCGCCGUUCGACCCUUCGUGUUCUUGCCACCUAUACUCGCUCGCGUGCCAAGGACUGCUCUGCAGUCUGGGAUCUGUGCUUCAACAUUGAGCGCUCCGAGAUGUCUCUCAAGAACAUUCGCGAGCGUACCACGAACAUUGCCCGUCUGACAAGGCACGUUGCCAACAUUAAUGAGCCUGCCGAUGAGCUCGCUGCCACCAUCCAGCAUGCUCUCGCCUACCUCGUUGCCCAGCUCAAGGUCAACUUCCGUCCCAUCUGGGCCGAGACUGUUACCUCUCUGACCGCUCUCGCCAAGCAGCGCGCCGAAAUCAUUUGGGAGAUUGUCUGGGCCGAGCUCCAGAAGACCAUCGUCGCCGACCAGACUGUCAUGAGCGACCUUGGCGUGACAAAGCCCGAGUGGACCAAGCAAAAGGUCGAGGAGGAAGAGGAGGACGAUGACGAGGAGCAGGAGUUCCGUUGCUCCGCUCAAGUCACCAAGCGCAACGCCGUUGUUCGCGCGUGGGCUGAGAACAAUGACGCCAACAAGCUCGAUGUCGGAGAGAUCAAGGCCCAGAUUUCGUCUGACCGCCUCGACGUGCUCAGCUACGAGUCACAGCUUCUCGCCGUGCUCACCGCUACGCCUUCCAUGGUUGAGAAGCACACGCGUCUGUUUAUCCCUGUGGCCCUUGCCAUUGCCGGCGCGGACGACUCCACCCCCGUGGCCGUCUCCCACCUGUCCACCCGCCUUCUUCAGGCCCGUACCAUCACCUUCCUUGAGCUGCUUGCCAAGUUUGUCAACCCUAAGGCCGCGUUCCGCUCCACCGAGCUGCAUACGCUCUACCUUGACCUUCUCUCGAAGGGAGAGCCCAAGGUCCAGACUGUGGCCCUCAAGUGUCUCCUCACCUACAAGUCGCCCAACCUUACACCUUACGCCGACCGCCUGAAGAACCUCCUUGAGCAGUCCAAGUUCCGUGAUGAGCUUCUCCACCUCGAGCUCGGCGUCGAGUCGACUGUCAUCGAGGAGCAGCACCGUCCCGAGUUCCUGGACGUCUCGAUUCGCCUUCUGUACGGUAUCAUGAUGAGCCGCCACGCACGUUCCAGCACCGCCCAGGGCCAGGGUGCCAGGAAGCAGGUUGUCCUCACCUCGUUGAGCGGCUGUGCCGCUGGAGAGCUUAAGACCCUCAUUGAUCUCAUGCUGGCUCCCUUCACCAGCUUUGAGGACGUUACCCCUGCAGACCUCGACAGCAUCGCGAUCGUGGCAACUGGUCGCCAGCAGCUUGGUUUCCUUACCUUCCUUCAGGAUGUUCUUCGCUACCUCGGUCCCCAGACCAUGGUGCACUGGAACCGCCUCAUCUCGGCUACCGUUGUCCUUGUGUCGCAGGCCCAGGUUGGCAUUGAUGCCGAGAAGGACGAGGAGGACAAGGACGAGGCCGAAGCUGAGGCUGAGGCUGAUGAGGAGGAGGACGUUGUUGACGACGACGAGAAGGUCGACAAGGGCGCCGCUCCCCUCCGUUCCAUCCGCUCGACUGGUCUCAAGCGCCUCGUGCAGUUCCUGCGCACCAGCGUUGUCGACUAUGACUUUGGCCCAUUCCUCCCUGCCAUCUUCCGCUCGAUUAUCUCGCCCCGUCUCGAGCGUCUCGAGAUUGAGAACACCCAGGCUCCCAGCGGUACCCUCGAGCUCAUUGCCGCCAUGUCGUCCAGCCCUGACAUGGCUACUGCUCUUGUCACCUUUGACGACCGCACCUUGCCCAAGACGUUCGCGUGCAUGACUGCCGUCAAGGUGAAGCCUACGGUGAUUAUCAAGGUGUUUGAUGUCAUUGACACCCUCCUCGACGAGGAAGAGACUGUCCAAGGCGUGCUUCUGCCCCACAUUCGCCCCCUCCUGGACAACAUUAUCCAGCUGGUCGCCUCGCUCCGCGCCUCGGCCAACGAGGACAUUAUGCGCCGCCUGCUGGCCAUUCUUUCGCGCCUCUCUGUCGUCGUCACCGAUGGUACCCAGGCUCAGCAGCUUGCUAUCCUUCUCGGUCCCAUGCUCCGCCAGCCCGGCAAGCAGGUGCCCGAAAAGGCCAAGGUUAACAUCCUCACCACCCUCCAGCGCCUGUACGCCAUCUCGCCCGAGUUUGCCGACCCCACGUCGUCAUUCUUCACCCAGAGCUACGACCUCAUUGCCAACCUCUUCCAGACUCUGUUCAUGCCCUCGUCGCGCCGUGCGCUUGUGGGCGUGUUCCAGACCUUUGGCAAGGCGGACGCGUCUCUUGCGUCCACGGUCGGGAUCGUUUCCGAGCUCAACGCCUACCGUGUCAAGCGCAUGGACGAGCCUGACUUCGACAAGCGCCUCGACGCGUUUGCCAAGCUCAACGAUGACGAGUCGGACACUCUUCCUCAGACUGCCCGCGAAUGGCUGCCCAUCCUCCGCUCGGCCCUCUUCUUCAUUCAAGAGCCCGAGGAGAUGUCAAUCCGCACCAACGCCGGAUCGCUGCUCCGCCGCUUCGUCUCGCUCGUUGGCGAGGCUGAGGAGGGCCCCCUGGUCGACUCGCUCCAGUUUGUGCUCCUCCCCUCCCUCCGUCGCGCCCUGCUCUCCAAGGUCGAGCUGGUUCGUAACGAGGUUCUCCUCGUGAUCGCCCAUGCCGUCCGUGUCUGCACCGGCAUUCCCGUCUUUUCCGAGAUGAGCAUUCUCCUCGGUGACGAUGACGAGACCAACAUUUUCGUCAACAUUGCGCACAUCCAGGUCCAUCGUCGUGCGCGUGCUGUCCGUCGCCUGCGCGAGCAGGUUGUCGAGAGCAACAUUCGUGAACAAACGCUUUCGACCAUCUGGCUUCCUGUCCUGCAGCACAUCGUCUCCGGCUCCACCGACGUCACCGACCACCACCUUGUCAACGAGUCGAUCACUUCGAUUGGUGGUCUCAGCUCCAAGCUUGGUUGGUCCAAGUACAACGGUCUCCUCAUCCGUUUCCUUCGCCUCGGUGGUCCCUCUUCGGGCCAGCAAAAGUUCUGGAUCCGUUGCGUGUCGGCCAUUAUUGACAACUUCCACUUUGACCUCAAGAGCGACGAGACCGUCGGCCAGGACGAAGAGACUAGCGACAAGACCCUCGCUGGCAGCGACAGCACCCUCGACGGCACCAUCGAAGAGACCAUCCAAGAGGAGGUUGAGGAGGAGGAGAAGGCCGUUUCUCCCACCGCCCGCAUCACCGAGGUCGUACUCACCCGCCUGCUCCCGAACCUGGGCAAGUUUGUUGGCGAAAAGUCGGAGACGGACGACUCGGUCCGUGUUCCCCUCGCGCUCGGCAUUGUCAAGCUUGCAUCGGCUCUCCCCGACGACUCGUCCGACAAUGAGAUUCUGCGCGUCAUCAACACUGUCUCGCAGAUCCUCCGUUCCAAGGACCAGGACACUCGUGAUAUUGCCCGUGACACCAUGGGCAAGAUUGCCAUGUUCCUUGGCCCUACAUGGCUCGUCCGUGUGCUCCGUGAGCUCAAGACCUCCCUUCAGCGUGGUCCUCAGAAGCACGUUCUCGCCGUCACUAUCCACUCCAUCCUCGUGCACGCCACCACUGAGGGUGCCGAGCGUUUCGCCAACCUCGACGCCGCUGUCGAGGACGCGGUCAAUGCCGCCGCCGAGGUCAUCUGGGGCGAGAGUGGUAAGGAUGUCGCGACCGACGGCUUCAAGACCAAGAUGCGCGAGGUCCGCGGUGCCGCCAGCAGGGGAAACGACACGUUCCAGCUCAUUGCCCGUGUCGUCUCACCUGCCAAGCUGUCGGCUGUCCUCGCCCCCAUCCGCGAGAUCAUGCACGUCUCGCAGGCCGUCAAGACGAUGCAGCAGGUCGACGAGGUUCUCCGUCGUGUCGCUCUGGGACUCAACGCCAACAGCAUGCUGGGUCCCGCCGACAUUCUCAACCUCUGCUUCUCUCUCGUCAACGGUAACAGCCGCUACCUCAAGCCAAAGAAGAAGGAGGUCAAGGCCGCCAAGACCAACGCCGACCGCUUCACCGUCAACUUGAAGCGCAAGUCGGACGACGCUGAGGACUUUUACCCCCAGAACGCCCACAAGUUUGUCAUCUUCGGUCUCGAGCUCUUUGUCACUGCCUUCCGCCGCGGCAAGUUUGACUUUGACAAUGUCGACAUUCUUUCGCGUCUCGGCCCCCUUGUCAAUGCCAUCGGUAACACGCUCUACUCGCCCAACGCCUCGAUUCUUAUUCUCGGUCUCAAGGCUACCGCCGCUGUUGCCAAGUGCCCCGUGCCCCAGGUCGAUGCUGCCCUCCCCGCGUUCGUGACCAACAUUUUCAAGGUUAUCAAGAACGCUGGUGGCACCGCCGAGGGUGACGUUCCCCAGACCGCCCUGAAGACCCUUGCUGUUCUCAUUCGCGACUGCAAGGCGACCCAGGUCUCUGACGCCCAACUCAAGUACCUCAUCGAGGUUGUCUCGCCUGACCUGGAGGACCACGAGCGCCAGAGUGCCAUCUUCACUGUCCUCCGUGCCGUUGUCGCUCGCCGCUUUGUUGUGCCCGAGAUCUACGACCUGAUGGAGCGCGUGUCGUCCAUCAUGGUCACGUCGCAGAGCACCCACGUCCAGGAACUUUGCCGCGGUGUGCUCAUGCAGUUCCUCCUCGACUACCCCCAGGGUACCGGCCGCCUCAAGUCCCAAAUGACAUUCUUGGCCCGCAACCUGGACUAUGUCUUUGAGAGCGGUCGUGUUUCGGUCAUGGAAGUGCUUGCUGCCGUCUUUAAGAAGUUCUCCGCCGAGCUCCUUGCCGAGUACGCCGACCUGUUCUUCGUUGCUCUCGUCGCCGUUGUCGCCAAUGACGACAGCGAAAAGUGCCGUAACAUGGCCGGCGCUCUGCUCCAGCAACUCUUCAUGCACCUUGAGCCCAAGGGCCAGGACCGUACCCUUGCCGUACUCUCAGCCUGGGUUGGUGGUGAGGAGGACUCGCUCGCUUCCGCCGCCCUCAACGUCUACGGCCUGCUCUGCGAGGCCGAUGGCGCCCCCGAGGGUCUUUUUGCUGCCCUCCCCGGUCUCGUUGUGCCAGUCAUCACCAAGUCGGCCAAGGAGCUCGCCGUUGCCGAGACCACCGACCAGGGGGACUCGGCCUUUGCCCCCGAGAUCACCCUCGACCACGCUCGUCCCCAGGCCGCCCUCGCCGUUCUCGCCAAGGCCCUGCGCAACCCCGCUGUCGCCGAGACUCUCCCCUGGGAGGACAUUGUCGCCCACCUCCUCUUCCCCCACGAAUGGGUCCGUUUCGGCGCCGCUCGUGCCCUUGCCGUUCUCUUUGCUACUGGUGGCGAUGAGCCGCUCACCCUUUUGGGCCCGGACCUCCUGCUGGACAUUUCGCGCAAGAGCUGUAUCCUCCUCGGCGGCAGCCGUGGCGAGGAUGGCGAGGCUGUUGUCGUCGACGCCAAGCUUGCCGACCAGCUCGUCAAGCUCCUGUGGAAUAUUUCCAAGUCGUGGGCUGUGGCCGACAAGGCGGAGCACGCUGCCAAGAAGUCCAAGGCCGUGGAAGACGAGGACGAGGAGAAGGACGACGACGACGAAGACGAGGAGGAGCAGGAGCAGGACGAGUCGCGUCCCGUCAAGGACGAAGACGACGUUACCGGCGCGAUGGAGUCGCCCACUGGCCGUCCCCUCGCGUGGCUCAUGUCGCGCAUGUCCUUCCUCGCCCGCCGCCUCAUCAUCACCCGCCCCGCAGCCAACGACACUGUUCCGGGCCAAGUCCUCCUGUGGACCGGACCCGUCAUGUCGAUCCUGCGAUUCUUCGCCGGUGUGUACGGUACGUUCGACCGUCGCCAGGCCGCCCAUUUCCUUGUGCACCUCCUGUCACCCAUCUACCGCGUUCUCGACGAGGAUGGCGACCUCGCCGGCCUGGACGGCGCCGGCGGCAUCGACGAGCUGCGCCAGCUCGCCACCGAGGUCCGCGACUUUGUCCAGACCCGUGUCGGUACCACUGCCUUCUCGCGGUCCUGGGAACGCCUCCGCCGCCGUGUCGGCGAGGUGCGUGCCGGCCGUCGUGAGAAGCGUGCCCGCAUGGCCGUCUCGGACCCCAAGGCAUGGGCCAAGCGCCAGGAGAAGCGUGGCGAGAAGAAGAAGGAGAGCAAGAAGCGCAAGGUCCAUGCCUUUAUGGACAACAAGGGCAAGCGCUCCAAGCGCAACUAG